GGCUGGUUAGAGGUUUAGCAGACUACCAUCACUACCUCAACUCGGAAGGAUGGAUUUAACUACCACCAUGUCGAGCAAAAGGGCAAAGACCAAGACCACCAAGAAGCGCCCUCAGCGCGCAACAUCCAAUGUGUUUGCCAUGUUUGACCAGUCACAGAUUCAGGAGUUCAAAGAGGCCUUCAACAUGAUUGAUCAGAAUAGAGACGGCUUCAUCGACAAGGAAGAUCUGCAUGAUAUGCUUGCCUCCCUGGGGAAAAAUCCACUUGAUGAUUAUCUGGAUGCCAUGAUGAAUGAGGCUCCAGGCCCCAUCAAUUUCACCAUGUUCCUUACGAUGUUUGGGGAGAAGCUAAAUGGGACCGAUCCGGAAGAUGUCAUCAGAAAUGCUUUUGCUUGCUUUGAUGAAGAAGCAACUGGCACCAUUCAGGAAGAUUACCUGAGGGAGCUGCUGACUACCAUGGGAGAUCGGUUUACAGAUGAGGAAGUGGAUGAGCUGUACAGAGAAGCACCUAUUGACAAAAAGGGGAAUUUCAAUUACAUUGAGUUCACACGCAUCCUUAAACAUGGAGCAAAAGACAAGGAUGACUGAACGAACUUCAUAUUCCAGCCAAGCGUUCCUUGUUGCCACUAUGGGUAUUUCUGAGACUUUCUCUUAGAGCUUAUUGCAUGCCCUUAGUUUUACAGCUUUUGCCUUUUUGUUAUAUUUAUUCUCAGCCAUUUUGGGCACAUCUCUUUAAUCAGACUGGAAAUGGGACUUUUUUUU